UUUCAAAUUUAAAAUCUGGACUCUAAUUAGUGCUGCCCCAUGUCGGCUGACCUGAGGAGAUGAGAUCGUGCCAGCAACAUAAACACUGUUAUAAAUAAGCACUGAAAGAAAUUCGUCGAGAAUUAAGAUAAAUUAAAUUAAAGAAAAAUAAAUCAAGAACCCAAAAUGGGCAGUGCUGGUUUCGUCCCAAGAACUUUUUAUCUGAAGCUUCUGAUGAUUCUGUCAGCCGCCGCCGCCGUCGCCGCCGCUUCGGCGAGUGGUUACACUUACAGCUACGGCGGCGAAGCUCCCCACACGGCGGCCGGAAAAUCAUUCCUGCCGGAAGUCUUCGCCGUACAAGGAAUUGUGUAUUGUAGAUCAGGCCAUAAGCUCAACCCCCUCAAAGGAAGUGUGUUGAGGAUAACGUGUCUGGGAGUAGACAAGUACGGCUACGAAACGGCGCCGUUUUCCAUAUUGACACGCGCCACCGACGGUAACGGCUAUUUUCUGGCUAAGCUGUCGGCGAAGCACCUGGAAGACGGCGGCGUGAAGCUGUCGGAAUGCAAAGCUUUCCUACAGAGCUCUCCGCUCAAAGACUGCCAGCUGGCGACUGACGUCAACAAAGGACUCAGCGGCGCGCCGCUUUCUUCAUUCCGACCCAUCGGCUCCGGCGGCUUACGGCUCUACUCUGUCGGGCCGUUUGUCUACUCCACUGUUCCUCAACAAACUCCCGCUUUUCUUCCUUACUACUGAUUUCAUAUAUAUAUAUAUAUAUAUAUAUAAUUAAUUGAUAAUAUUGGCAAUUAUGCUAAUUUUUAUUUAUUUGUAAUUGAAGGGGUCUUAAUAAAUCUAAUUAACACAUCAAAUUCAUUCUUUCUUGUAAUGGAUUAUCUUCAUGUU